GCGGCAGCGGCGGUGGCGGCGGCUGGGCCAGGAGAGGCUGGCGCGCCCGGCGGCUCUGCGAAUCCUCCGGCAUCCGCCCAGGCGGGCCGCCCCCGCCCGCGGCAGCUCCCAGAGCAGCGGCCCGGCACCGGCGCCUUCCCGGCGGGCAAGAGUGAACCAUGGAGCUACGUGUCGGGAACAAGUACCGCCUGGGCCGGAAGAUCGGGAGUGGCUCCUUCGGAGAUAUCUACCUAGGUGCCAACAUCGCCUCUGGUGAAGAAGUCGCCAUCAAGCUGGAGUGUGUGAAGACGAAGCACCCGCAGCUGCACAUCGAGAGCAAGUUCUACAAGAUGAUGCAGGGGGGAGUGGGAAUCCCGUCCAUCAAGUGGUGCGGAGCCGAGGGAGACUACAAUGUGAUGGUCAUGGAGCUGCUGGGGCCCAGCCUCGAGGACCUCUUCAACUUCUGCUCCCGCAAGUUCAGCCUCAAGACGGUGCUGCUCCUGGCCGACCAGAUGAUCAGCCGCAUUGAGUACAUCCACUCCAAGAACUUCAUACACCGGGACGUCAAGCCCGACAACUUCCUCAUGGGGCUGGGGAAGAAGGGCAACCUGGUGUACAUCAUUGACUUCGGCCUGGCCAAGAAGUACCGGGACGCCCGCACCCACCAGCACAUCCCCUACCGGGAAAACAAGAACCUGACUGGCACUGCCCGCUACGCCUCCAUCAACACCCACCUGGGCAUCGAGCAAAGCCGUCGAGAUGACCUGGAGAGUCUGGGCUACGUGCUUAUGUACUUCAACCUGGGCUCCCUGCCCUGGCAGGGCCUCAAAGCGGCCACCAAGCGCCAGAAGUACGAGCGGAUCAGCGAGAAGAAGAUGUCGACACCCAUUGAGGUCCUCUGUAAAGGCUACCCCUCUGAGUUCUCAACAUACCUCAACUUCUGCCGUUCGCUGCGGUUCGACGACAAGCCCGACUACUCCUACCUGCGCCAGCUCUUCCGCAACCUCUUCCACCGGCAGGGCUUCUCCUACGACUAUGUCUUCGACUGGAACAUGCUCAAAUUCGGUGCAGCCCGGAACCCCGAGGACGUGGACCGGGAGCGGCGAGAGCACGAGCGCGAGGAGAGGAUGGGGCAGCUCCGGGGGUCCGCGACCAGGGCCCUGCCCCCUGGCCCGCCCACUGGGGCCACCGCCAGUCGGCUCCGCAGUGCGGCCGAGCCUGUAGCUUCCACCCCUGCCUCCCGCAUCCAGCAAGCUGGCAACACUUCUCCCAGAGCGAUCUCACGGGUCGACAGAGAGAGGAAGGUGAGCAUGAGGCUACACAGGGGCGCACCCGCCAACGUCUCGUCCUCCGACCUCACUGGGCGGCAAGAGGUCUCCCGGAUUUCAGCCUCACAGACAAGCGUGCCAUUUGACCACAUCGGGAAGUGAGGAGCCACCAUCGGACCAGUAUUUGCUUAGUGUCUUCACUGUAUUUUCUUU